UAUCUUCCGAUAAAAACUCAAACCUCGGGAAAAAGAGCGGGAGCUAUAAACGUUAAACCCCCAAAUCGACAGGAGAGAGAAAGACACAUUAGAGAGUAAACUCAAAAGAGAAGAGAGAGAAAGAUUAAACAACAGUAAAACUCAUUAGAAAUGCCUAUUGGAGUUCGAGAGCUAAGUGUGCUCGGAGAAUUCAAACCAUUUGGCUUAAUUGCUGAAGCUCUCGACGGAAAAUCAACCGAUAAUGUAUCAAAUAAGUAUGAUUACUUCCUUUUUGAUCCAGAAAUUACUAAGGAAGCCGAUGAAUUUGACGGCAUUGAUUCUUCGGCAUCAUCGUCGAUUUCCGCUGAUGGUUGUGAUCAUGAAAUAUUUAUUCGCGGAAAUAGGAUAAUGUGGAUCGCGGGCUCACGCGUGUACAAGAGAUUCACCUUAAGUUCUGCAGUAACUAUGGCUUGCUGGUGUCAUAUGGCUCAUUCAUCUGAGGCUGUACUGUGUAUACUACAAGUUGAUGCCUUGACAAUCUUCAAUACAUCUGGUGAGUUGACAUCAAUCCCACUUCCAGGCAUAGUUACUUCUAUAUGGCCCCUCCCGUUUGGGCUGCUUGUGCAGCAAGCAGCAGAAGGCAACCCUCCAACUUAUCCGCCUCUCUCAUCUUCUAUCCCAUUGAUAAGUGGUAGGGAGACACUCUCAAAAAGAGAAGCCCGACAAAGUCCCCAAGGCUUUGGUCUUUCCAGUUCUGAUGACAUUGUUAAAGAUAAUAUAGCUUCAGUGUCUUCUCAUCUAAUCUUGAAUGAUCCCCUUGAAGAACCCCAGCCGGUGUAUAUUGAUGAAAGAGGUGAUUUGAAGAUAAUGAAAGAUUUUGAUGAGAGGACAAUUUGGACCAGUGAUCGCGUGCCUCUAUUUGCUUCCUAUAACAGAGACAAGAUGCAACACUCACUUUGGGUAGCAGAAAGUGUCAAUCCUCGUCUUGGAGAUCAUGCAGUUUCUACAUCUCAUGUUCCCCACACCGAAGUAUUCCCAUGCCAGUUCUCACUCCGGAGAAUCUGGCAAGCAAAAGGUUACCAGGCAGCUGCUAGUAAGGUCUUUGUCGCCACCGAUGAUGAUGCGGCACCUGUUAUUUGUUUCUUUCUCCAAGAACAGAGAAGGUUGCUAUCUAUAAGGCUUCACAUUGUUCAAAUGAAUGACGAUACCCUCUUUGAUGUCGAUCCAGACGUGAGUUGGAGCAUACAGGCAGUUGCAGCUGAACCGGUCGCCGUCACCCGUCCAAGGGCAAAGGUUGGGCUGCUGCCUCUAAUGGACAUUCUUGUUCUGGAUUCAGAAAAUACGGUUUUUCUAUAUUCAGGGAAGCAGUGCCUUUGUAAAUAUACACUUCCUCUCCAUUUAGUCAAUCAUCAUCUCAAAGAAACUAUUAGUUCUCCUAAGAGCAGAGAUAUAUACGAUGUGAAGAUUAUCGGAUUGGCUGAUGCUAUUGGGGCAAGAGUAAAUGUCAUGUUAAACAAUGGACAGAUGCUUAGAUGUGCGUUGCGAAGAGGUCCUUCAUAUUCAUUGUCAAAUGAUUGCAUCACAGCAAUGGCUGAAGGCCUUAGUUCUCCGUUCUACAAUCAUUUUCUUCAGCUCUUUUGGGGUAAUUGUGAGACUGGGGAUUUAUCAAAGGCUAAUACAAGCGUUGAUGAGUGGGAAUCUUUUAGGAGUGUCAUAAUGCAACUUUACAGGAAGUCUGAGUUGACUUCACAACCAGAAUCCACUCAUGUAUCCUGCUCAGCAUGGGAAUUUCUUGUUAAUAGUGACUUUCAUAAGGAUUAUCGCGAUCAUAAGUUAUUUCAUGAAAUCUCAGCUGAAGGGUCGAAGGACAGUUUGGUUAAUCACAUCUCUUCUUCAAACAGGGAAGAUGUGCAUGACCCAGAAGAACAAUCCUAUUCCAAGUUUCUAAUUGAAUGCUUGGAUUCUCUGCAUGCUGUGUAUGAAAAUCUUAAACUUAUCAAUCUUCGGAAGAGAGAUUUAGAGCAUCUUGUUGUUCUCCUAUGUGAAAUUGCUAGUUUUCUGGGAGAGGAGAGCUAUAUUGAUCACUAUGUUCGUGAUUUUCCUUUUCUGUCCAAGAAAAUUAGAAGGUGUCAGACUUCCUCCCCAAGAUCUCCCCCAUGUUUAUAUAGAUGGCUUGAAAAUUGUUUGCUUCAUGGAGUUGGCUUUGCAAAUAUUGAUGACAUUCCACCUCUGGCUCGUAAGGGUGGAAGCUCGGCUGUCAGCUGGUCUCGUAAAGUAGUCUCAUUUUAUAGCAUAUUAUCUGGUGCAGAGAGCAUGAGAGGGAGGCUCUCUUCUGGUGUAUCAUGCAAGAUUGCUGCAGGUUCAUCUUCAACUCCUGAGGAGAAGAUGGUCCUUGCAAUGGUUGCUGAAGGAUUUGGUUUGCAACAGUUAGAUUCAUUGCCCAUAGGCGUUUCAUUACCGUUAAGACAUGGAGUCGAUAAGUGCCGGGAGUCUCCUCCUACUGGCUGGCCACCAGCUGCUUAUGUCCUACUUGGACGAGAAGAUUUGGCUUUGUCUUGCGUGGCACACUCGAAGAAAUCUGUGCAGCUUGAGACUCAAACCAACAGGCAUUCAAUUUCAUUAUCUGCGCCUUAUAUGCUACAUUUACAGCCAGUGACGGUUCCCUCAACAGUGUCAGAUACAAUUGCCACAGAUACUUCAAAAUUUGACAAUGUUGAUACUUCUGACGAUUCUUCAAUAGAUGGCAUGGAGCAUUUAUUUAACUCCAGCACUCAGUUGCGAUAUGGUAGGGAUCUACGCUUGAAUGAGGUCAGACGUGUCUUGUGUUCUGCAAGACCUGUAGCAAUUCAAACAUCUGUUAAUCCCACUGCAUCAGAUCAGGAGCUGCAACAGGCUCAGCUAUGGCAGCUUGCUCAUAGGACAACUGCUCUUCCGCUUGGACGUGGAGCAUUUACUCUGGCAACUUCGUGCACCCUUUUAACAGAGGCACUCAUCGUACCAAAGCUUGUUUUGGCUGGAAGGUUGCCUGCUCAGCAGAAUGCCACUGUCAAUUUAGACCCAAAUAUACGAAAUUUGCAUGAGCUUCGAUCUUGGCCUGAGUUUCACAAUGCAGUUGCUGCUGGGUUAAGGCUCACACCUUUUCAGGGUAAAGUGUCUAGAACUUGGAUCAUAUAUAACAGGCCUGACGAGCCAAAUGCUAUCCAUGCAGGACUUCUUUUUGCAUUGGGGUUACAUGGACACCUAACUGUUCUAACCAUAAAUGACAUAUUUCAGUAUUAUAACAAGGGACAUGAAAGCACAACUGUGGGGUUAAUGCUUGGCCUUGCAGCUUCAUACAGGGGCACUAUGGAGCCAACAAUGUCAAAGUCCUUCUAUGUUCAUCUACCUGCUCGUCAUCCAUCUUCCUUCCCAGAGCUAGAAGUUCCAACAGUUCUGCAGUCUGCAGCUUUGAUGGCUCUUGGUCUCCUUUUUGAAGGAUCUGCACAUCCUCAGACUAUGCAAUUUCUACUGGCUGAAAUAGGCCGUAGAAGUGGUGGUGAUAAUGUGCUUGAGAGGGAGGGCUAUGCUGUUUCUGCUGGAUUUGCACUUGGACUUGUUGCGUUAGGUCGUGGUGAGGAUAAGUUCGCUUGCAUGGACACAUUAGUUGAUCGACUGUUCCACUAUGCUGGAGAAAAGACCGAUGUAUUUUCACAGGAAAAGUCCCUCUUUGCACCAGUGACAGAUGAGCACAGCAGGGGUGUUGGACAGAUGUUGGAUGGCAUUCCUGUUAAUGUAGAUGUCACUGCACCUGGAGCCAUACUUGCUUUAGCCUUGUUAUUUUUGAAGACUGAAUCGGAAGUGGUAGCUUCCAGACUUUCCAUACCUCGUACCCAUUUUGAUCUGCAAUAUCUAAGGCCUGACUUCAUUAUGCUUCGUGUCAUUGCACGUAACUUGAUAAUGUGGAACAGGGUAAAGCCAACCAAAGAAUGGGUUGAGUCUCAGAUUCCUCAAAUUGUGAAAGAAGGUAUUGAGGCUCUUGGUGAUGAAAGGACUGAUAUGGAUGAGGUUGAUGAAGAAGCAGUUGUCCAAGCAUAUGUGAAUAUUGUGGCAGGAGCAUGCAUAUCUCUUGGUUUGAAGUAUGCUGGAUCAAGAAAUGCCAAUGCUCAGGAAUUGCUGCACAGCUAUGCUCUUUACUUCCUCAAUGAGAUAAAGUCUGUUUCUGGUUCAGCUGGAAGUAUAUUUCCUAGAGGGUUGUUGAAGUUUGUGGACAGAAGCACGUUGGAAAUAUGCCUUCACCUUGCUGUCCUUUCCCUGUCUUUGGUCAUGGCUGGUUCUGGGAAUCUGCAGACAUUCAGAUUGCUCAGAUUCCUGCGCAGUCGAAAUUCUUCUGAUGGCCAAGCUAAUUUUGGCAUUCAAAUGGCUGUAAGCCUGGCUAUAGGCUUUUUGUUUCUUGGAGGAGGAAUGCAGUCUUUUUCUUCAUGUAAAAGUGCUAUUGCUGCUUUAUUGGUUACCCUCUAUCCUCGUUUUCCCACUGGUACAAAUGAUAAUCGUUGCCAUCUUCAGGCAUAUAGGCACUUCUAUGUUCUUGCUACAGAAGCUCGUUGGAUUCAAACAGUUGAUGUUGACACUGGCUUACCAGUUUACGCCCCUCUUGAAAUUACUGUCAAAGAAACUGAACAUCACGCAGAAACAAGUUUUUGUGAGAUCACGCCUUGCCUUCUUCCAGAGCGUGCCAUCCUCAACAAUGUUCGUGUUUGUGGUCCACGGUACUGGCCCCAAGUCAUAGAACUUACUCCUGAAGAUAAACCUUGGUGGCUUUCUGGCGACAAGAAUCACCCAUUUAAUUCUGGUGUUCUUUAUAUCAAAAGAAAGGUUGGAGCAUGUUCCUAUGUGGAUGAUCCUGUUGGAUGUCAGUCACUAAUAUCACGAGCCAUGAACAAGGCCUUCAGUUUGACAAGCAUGAAAUGUUAUGCUCCCAAAAUCAAUAGGAAUCCUGUGCCUGGUUCAAGUAAUGUUGAUCAUUUAGUCAGCACAUUUUCCUCUGAUCCAAGCUUAAUUGCUUUUGCCCAGCUUUGCUGUGACUCUUCCUGGAACAGCAGGUCAGAUGCUGAUUUCCAAGAGUUCUGCUUGCAAGUUUUGUUCGAGUGUGUUAGCAAGGACAGACCAGCUCUUUUGCAGGUUUACAUGUCCUUAUAUACAAUGAUUAGAUCAAUGACUGAUCAGGUUACAGGCGACAGCAUCACCUUCUUCGAUUCCCUUCCAAUAUCUAGUUUGAAGCUUGUAGUAGCCUACAAUGAGGCCUUGGUGAGGGGAAGAUUAUCCUCCUCAAGAGAUGGCAUUGUUCAAUCAAAUUAUCUCGGAUCUCUGAGGAAGCGCAUAGAAGAACUCUUCUGCUAUGCCCCUGAAAUUCAGACUGAUUUACACAACUAUUUGACGUCUGGGAAAUGGCCAGAUGAUAAGCUCCGAGGUAAAAACCGCUCUAUAAUAUUAUCGUGGUAUCUUCAGUGGUUUUGCAUACCGUCUCCACUCGUAAUCCGGACAACCCUGGAGAGAUUAAAGCCCAGGCUCAAGACAUCCUCUGCAGUCCCUCUGUUGCGGUUAGUGUUUCCUCGGAUUCAUGUCAGGGUGAUUUCUGAGAUUGAUAUGUUAUUGGUUGCUGGUUAGUUCGACAGAAAGGCUGCUCGUCAUGGCUUCUAAAGUAAAUCUGUCACUCUUAAGGGCAUUCACAAGAAAGGCUCUUCCAAAACAUUAUCAGGUUGAGUUCCCCCGGGUUCAGCAAUACAGACGACUCUUGUAUAAAUUAUCGGGGUUUAGAGCUUGACAAUGUCCAUAGUACCUGUUGUAUCUCCAAGCUUAAUUUACUGUUGUAUCUCAAGUUUAGCCGCCAAUGUAUAUCAGGAAUUGAUGAUCUCCGCAAAAUUUAGGAAAUCUAUGUCCAUUGAAGUUACUCCUAUGUAGUUAGAACAGUUCGUUGCUUCCCUCUUUUGGGUUUACAUAGUUUUACCCAAUUAUUUGUGUAAUUAUAAAGUUCUGUUUUUUUUCUUGGGACUAAAUUUAAUGGACAACUAAUACACUUUUUUUUUUUUUUACUUAUA